AUGGCAACUCCCGGCCUAACAUUUGUAAGCUCCUCCAUCAUCGACCCCCAAAGAACCUCAGAAGAGCUCUUCAACCGUUCCUACGAUGAAGAGCACCUUCCAGACAUCCUCAAAUACCCACACCCGAAAGCACCAAAAUUAGCCAAACGCUACAAGAACAUCAACCCCGAGUCGAAGAAUCCAUAUCUAGCUUUGUAUCCCGUGAUCGACGCCAGCGUCUACCAAACAGCCGCCACCAACAAUUUGGCCAAAGAUGUCAGCAUCAGCAAAACCUUGGACAACCAACCCAUCUCGGACUUCAUCAACGUCACAGUCCACCGCUAUGAGAAAAUCCACACUUACGAAGCCCUCCACUCCAAUUUCGAACCCGCGUCUCACGCAGCCAUCCUCGUCGCCGCUACCAUGGAACCAGGUCCAGGCGCAGACCAAGACUGUACCGACUGGUAUGUGACGCAACAUCUACCCAUGAUGUCCAUGCUCCCCUCGUACCGUCGCUCAACGAGAUAUCAGCGAAUCGAUGGCGAGGAGCCACGGUAUUUGGCGCUGCAUGAGUUUGCCUCUCUGGAGGGCUUCCGGGCAGAUGAGGCGUUGGUACCUAGGCUGAUGGGGACGGAGUGGAGGCGAUAG